GCUAUUUGUAGUUUUUUUCAAAACAAUAGUUGCAUUCGAUCAUCGGACCAAGCGAUUUUUGCCAUUUGUUCGCAGAAAUUCGGCAGUUGUGCAGAUGAUUGCUGGUGUUGGUCUACCGGUCGAGUUAAAUCUGGAAUCGGUGACCAUGGGAUUUGUUUUCAAAUCUGGCUUCGUUUUGCCAAUGAAUGGUUCUGAUUUUUGGGCUGUUCUUUCAGAUCCAUUCAGCUCGACCUCACAUCCAAUCACGGUUUUCGAACGAUCGAUUGACGAGAGUGACGAUGAGUCGAAAGGUUUCGAUAAUGAACAGAAUGAAAAGUACGAGAGACAUCAUGUAAAUGCAGAAAUUGUGGAAAGUGGCACCGAGACAACUGAAUCACACUUCGACAGUGUAGAGGAUGCAGAUGAAACCAAUAGACUCGCAUCAACGCGCUGGCUCGUCUAUAAAGGAUUAGCCGAAAUCGCAGAAAACAAUGGGAUGGCCGGAAAGGCGUGUGUUUUGAGGAGCAUUUGUGAGUCAGCACAUACAUCGUUCGAUUAUUCGAAUGGCAUCCUUGGAGAGUUGUUUCAUGUUAUUAUGUCACCAUCACUCACCACUGACCACAUUACUCAUUACGAAGACAACGAAUAUUUGCAUGCUGAAAAACUUGGGCAAGAAGGUGCACCGUGUGAACAUGUAUUUAAUGACUGUACUACGUCGAUAUUGGAUCAAUUUACGGGAAUUUAUACAACAAAACCAAAUGAAUUAUUUACAUAGGCUUACAAUCAACCAAUUACAAUCUCAGGAAAAAAAAUCUGCUUUCAAACUCAAUUUUUGGGUUCAUUUCUAUAGCUUAUGAAAAUGGGCUAUUUCAAAUCCAUCCUAUUUGUUACUGACACUAAAAAUACUGAUAAAUAUUUACAGGAGGAAGGUCAUGAAUAAAAUUGAAAUUGGAUCAGUUACCAGUGAAAUACAUGUAUGUCAAGAGCAUAAUU